CGUGUCACGCAACUGGGAUUUGGUAGCCUGUUUUUGGUAAUAGGAGCCUCACAGCUGAUCCGUUCAUCGCUUCAUCUCCGCCCGCUUCCUUCCUCCAGCUCCGUCUCCUUGUGCAAAAACCCUAAUACGAAUCUACGGGGUUUCUUCACCAGUAAAAGAAGAAAACUUUCAGACACUGGCUAUUCUGCUAUCGCUUCAACUCGUCUCAGAGGAUUUUUCCAUUCGCUAGAAUCUGAACCAAAGCCUUCGUUGUCGACAUUACCCGUAUUUCUUGAGCCCUAGAAUUGAUGAAAUGGUUGUAGAGAUUCAAAAUCUGCGAUGACGCACAAUUGUCGUAGUAAUUUUUGUUUGGGCGAGAGUCGGAUUUCUUACUUUCUAUUUGAACAUCGGAGGCAGUACUUCUCAACCACAUAGCUGGUGGUGAAGUUGGUAGAAGCUGGGAUGCACCCGCCGGUUGCUUCCGGUGAACUGGACUACGGUGACAACGCUCAGGGGCAGGAGCAGGAUCCCGAGGUUCGGAACGACGGUGAUGAUGGACUGGAGGGGCCACUCAGAUGUCUUCGUUGUGGCAUUAGUUCGAAGGCCACACCACACAUGCGCCGUGGCCCUGAAGGACCGAGGACCUUAUGCAAUGCUUGUGGAAUUGCCUGGACAAAGACUUUGAAUAAACAGGGUAAAAUGAGAAAAGUGAUUGAAUCCGAUAUUCGCAGAGAAGAUGGAACUGUAUUCAUGGCCCCACAAAUUGAUACGGAAUUCGAAAGUGAAGACAAAGCAUAUGAAUUUUAUAACAAAUAUGCAGGAUUUGUUGGUUUCAGCGUCAGAAAAAGUUCAUCGGAUAAAUCAUCUGAAAACAUCACCAGAUCUCGAACUUUUGUUUGCUCAAGGGAAGGCUUUCGCAAAGAUAAGAAAGGCGCCAAGGAAGUGAAGCGGCCUCGGCCGGAGACGAGGAUUGGCUGUCUCGCUCGCAUGACUAUAAAAAUCACACCAACUGGCAACUACCGUGUUACCGAAUUCAUAGCAGAACAUAACCACCAGCCUGCUCCACCAUCAAGCACGCACCUGUUAAGAUCUCAAAGGAUAACAAUGGAAGUUCAAGCUGCUGAAGCAGAGUUGUCAGAUGAUUCAGGUGCUACGCCAAGAUCCGCGAAUGAGUCUACUGGAAGACAAGUCGGCGGUUUUCGUAAUAUUAACUUUCUUCCUGCAGAUUACAAAAAUUAUCUGAGUUCUAAGCGUAUGAAAACCAUGCAGAUGGGCGACGCCGGUUCUGUGUUGAAAUAUUUGCAAACCAUGCAACUUGAUACUCAGUCUUUCUUUUAUGCCAUACAGGUUGAUGAGGAUGAUAAAAUAACAAAUUUUUUCUGGGCCGAUGAAAGAUCUGUAUUGGAUUUUAACUGUUUUGGCGAUGUUAUAUGCUUCGACACAACAUACAAAAUAAAUGGUUAUGGAAGACCAUUCGCCCCAUUCCUCGGAGUCAAUCAUCAUAAACAAACUGUCAUAUUUGGCGCAGCUUUACUCUAUGAUGAAUCAGCUGAAUCUUAUAAAUGGCUAUUUGAAACUUUCAAAAUUGCAAUGCAUGGAAAGCAGCCGAAGACGAUAAUUACUGACCAAUCGAUCACAUUAAGCACCGCAAUAGCUGACGUAUGGCCUGGAACAAGUCAUCGGCUUUGCGAGUGGCAUGUCUACCAGAACGCCGCCAAGCACUUGAAUCAUGUUCUACAAGGUUCGAAGACUUUCGCGAAGGAUUUUAGCCGAUGCAUCUAUGAUUUCGAAGAAGAAGAUGACUUUUUGUUAUCAUGGAGAACCAUAUUGGAGAAAUACGAUCUCCGAAACAACGAGUGGCUGUGCAAGUUGUUCGAGGACAGAGAGAAAUGGGCUUCAGCAUACAAUCGCCAUAUCUUUUGUGCCGACAUCAAAAGCACUCUGAGGAAUGAAAGUUUGAGCAGCUUGCUCAAAAAAUACUUGAGCCCGCAGCUCGAUCUUCUGUCAUUUUUCAAGCACUAUGAGAGAGUCGUCGACGAGCAUCGCUAUGCGGAGCUACAAGCCGACUUCCAUGCAAGUCAAAGUUUUCCUCGAAUUCCUCCUUCGAAGAUGUUGAGGCAGGCUGCAAAUCUCUAUACUCCAGCAGUAUUCGAAAUAUUCCGAAGAGAGUUCGAGAUGUUCAUGGAUUGUAUGUUGUUCAGCUGCGGUGAAGUUGAUACGAUUUCCGAUUAUAAAGUUGCCGUCGCUGAGAAACCGAAAGAACAUUUUGUGAGGUUUGAUUCGAGUGAUUGUUCUGUUGCAUGUAAUUGUAGAAAAUUUGAGUUCAUGGGAAUUCAAUGUUGUCAUGCAUUGAAAGUGCUCGAUUUUAGAAAUAUUAAGCAGUUGCCGCUGAAAUAUUUUUUGAAGAGAUGGACGAAGGAUGCAAAGGUGGGGAAGACGAAGAAUGGUGAGUUGGUGACAAAUGAAUGUGAGCCAAAAUCUCCUACUUUGAAUUCAAUGCAGGCUCCGAUGUCAUCAUAUGGUCAGCACCAGGGGUUUCAUGGCAUUAGUCAUUUCAAUCAUGAUUCUCCCGUCUCUGACCUGCAUCAUCCAUUUCAUGCAAGCGCUCAUUAGUGUGACAGGAUUUCUCUGUUCGGCAAACCUACAUUAUGAAGGAAUAUCAAGGCAUUAAGAGCUUUGGAUGCAUUUCAGUGGCACAAAUAGCUGCUGCUUCUUCCAAAUACUCCUAAAAAAUGAUUGUUUCCUCUGCAACUGUAGUAGAGUAGUGUUAAAAGUUAGUGAAAGAAUGGGUGCGUCAAAUAAGAAGAAAAAGCAGCGCCAAGUAGGGUCUCAUAUUUAUAUUUGCACAAUAUAUACAUCUAGAGUUGUACAUAUAUUAGCAAAUGUGUAAUUGAAAACAUUUUUGUCUUGCACUUA